UUAAAAAUAAUAUUUACUUAAAAUCAAUUUUAAUGAAUAAAUUUUUACCAAUUUUUCUCUUGCUAGUUUUGAUUUUCUGCGAGUCACAAGGCAGAUCUACAAACAAAGAGGAUAUUUCGGAAAACAGUAUUUCGAAAUUAAGAAAGCUAACUGAAAUAAUAGAAGACUAUGCCCAGAAGAAAACAGGAUCACCGAAGAAUUAUACCACUUUAGCAGCUACCCCUUUAGAACCUGCUGCGGGAGUUUUAGCUACAUUUUUUCAAAAUGUUUUAGCUUUAGGAUCCUAUUUAACUGGUUUAAAAAAAUUCGGAGCCCCUAAAAUUGGUCAUAGUCAAUAUACUCAGAAUUUUAUUAUCAGUAAACAUCUUGGGUUUUGCGAGGACUCUAAGCUCGACAACUGUAGCAAUCUCUGCAAAACAGUCACUUCUUGUAACGUCUCACGCAUAAUUUGCACGCCUGAAUAUUGCAAUGGAACUUGCUCAGCUAUGUUUGUUGAUGCAGAUACAAAUUUAGACGCUUAUUGUCAAUAAAACAUUACUAAUUUUUAAUAACUAAUACACCAAUACAAUAC